AUGAUCUUUUCGUGUCUAAUCGCCAUCGCCAACUUCGCCAUCUAUAUGAGCACGGUUGACUACAUGAUCGCUGCAUAUGGACCCUAUUCUGCGUCUGCUACUGGUGGUAACGGUUUCGCACGAGACUUUCUUGCCGGCAUUGCAGCGAUGUACUCAACCCCACUCUACGAAAACAUUGGAAAUUCACGCCACACGGAGUACGCAAGCACCGUUCUUGCCUGCCUCGCAUUCAUGGUCACUAUCCCAGUGUAUCUUAUCUACUGGAAGGGACCAGUCAUCCGAGAGAAAUCCAAGUUCGCUCAGUCCCUGGAUGCCGGCCGACGUUCCAAGGGCGGACGUCGCGUCGUUGAAGCUCCCGAGGAGCAUUUGGAGCCCAAGAACCUUUGA